CCAAAAAAUUUUGGGGGGCGUAAACGUCAUUCUGCAACCUAAAAUGAAAGGAUGAGAGCGGCCCAGGUAAUCUGCCUCGCCAAGAAAAAUGAAAGCUUGAGCCUUUGAAGUGGCUGACGAAGCCCAAAAGCACUUUCACUUGCUAGUCGACAAUCAAUUGCAGAUUAAUCUGGAAUUACAACUGCUUACUUUCUGGUUUCAUUGAUCAUUCAAACCAAAUCCUCUUUUAUCAUUACAGUGGCAAUCACAUAAACACACAAUUAGUUUGCAGUUUCUAUUUCUUCGCCUCUUUGCAGCCGAUUGUUUCGUUUUACGUUUCAGUUCAAUUUUGGAGCUGAAGAAGCUAGUGGUUGGUGUUUAUAUGUGGGUUAGGAUAUAAAAUUACUCAAAAUGGGCUCGGGCUCGGAUUCGGAGUCUAAUGGAUGGAGCCGAGCUCGAGGAUUGGUGGUAAAGACGCUGGUUUUGAUUGGAGGCGCGAUUCUGGUUAAACGCCUAACUAAAUCAACUACUCGUUGGGACCAUACUCGAAUUGUAACUCAAUCACUUAGCGGCGAGAAGUUCUCGAGAGAACAAGCAUCCAGAGAUCCUGAUAAUUACUUCAAUAUUAGAAUGCUUACUUGUCCAGCAGCGGAUAUGGUGGAUGGUUCCAAGGUUUUAUAUUUUGAACGAGCGUUCUGUAGGACUCCUCAAAAGCCCUUUCGACAGAGGUUUUAUAUGGUGAAGCCUUGUCCAAAGGAGUUGAAAUGUGAUGUUGAGGUGAGCUCAUAUGCCAUUAGAGAUGCAGAGGAGUACAAAAAUUUCUGUGAUCGCCCGAAGGACCAGCGUCCAUUGCCUGAAGAAGUUAUUGGUGAUAUUGCAGAACAUUUGACAACAAUAUAUCUUAAACGUUGUGACCGUGGAAAACGCUGUUUAUACGAAGGUUCUACUCCCCCUGGUGGAUUCCCAAAUUCAUGGAAUGGAGCAACCCACUGCACUUCUGAACUUGCAAUUUUGAAAAACAAUGAAAUACACACCUGGGAUAGGGGCUACGACGAUGAUGGAAAUCAGGUAUGGGGAGUGAAGGAUGGACCUUAUGAGUUCAAGCCUGCACCUGCCUCUAGUGUUAAUGGCAUGCUUCCUGCUUUGAAUUUCCCUCCUCCACAUUCAAUGGAGAAAAGAAUAGAGGGUUCUUUUGUCUUGCAAGAAUGAUCACUUGCUUGCUACAUAUAUAGCCCAUGUGUAAAGUUGCAAACUUUAAUUAUUUUAUCAAAUUACAAUUCUCUAACCAAUAAGAGUAUGUAUCCCAUCAAUUUUUUGUUU